ACAUGGACAAAACAAAGUGCAUUCUCAUCACAGCCUUCGUCACUAUAGUCGUGUUCUGCCAUUCUGGCGACGCGCUCCGAUGUUACACCUGUGAACAAAGUCCUGUAGUGUGUCGGACCAAUGUUACCUGUACUCCCGAAGAAGAUGUUUGCUUGCAAAUCAGAUUUUUGAAUUUGAGAACAUACAGCUGCUGGAAGUCGUCGCGAUGCACCAGAAAAGAAGUUGCUGAUGAAUUUAACGCUGACAGUUUUCGAUUCCUUUGCUGCUACAGGGAUUUCUGCAACGGGGGCCCAAGCUUCCUGGCAGCCAGUACAGCUACCUUCAGUAUUUCUGCAGUGACUGUGCUUUGGAUGGUGUACCAGUAACAA